AAUAAAAGAGAAAGAAGAAGCAAAAAAGAAUUUUUAGAAUAAAAAUCAAAAAAGGAGAGAAAAUUAAAAAAGUCUCUCUUUUUCUUUUUUCUUCUCCCAGAUUCUCUCUCUCUUGUUCUCCGAUCAAAAAUAUUUUUCUCUCACUUUCCUUGGUUUUCUCGGCGGCUUCUUCUCCUCUAUUUCCCCCAAAUCGUUUUCUCCAUUUUUCUUGGGAUAAAUCUUCCUCCUUUCUGCAGACGCCAUGUCGGACAAAGGUCGUCCCUUGCCGAAAUUUGGUGAAUGGGAUGUGAAUGAUCCAGCAUCCGCAGAAGGUUUCACAGUGAUAUUCAACAAAGCUAGGGAUGAGAAAAAGACCGGUGGCAAACCCGGAUCACCCGGUAAAUCCAGUGAGGGUCAUGCUAAGUCUGGAGGAGGAGAUCCUAGUAAACCUCAGCCUAAAAAAUGGCUCUGCUGCAUGCAAUCUCCAGCUGUGGACUCUUGACAGACACAAAGAUCUUGACAGACACAAAGAUGGAUUUGCUUGCUGCCCAAAGAAUGUCACAGUGCUUACACAUUUUAUUGUUUUUCUUGAAAUUACCCACACAAAAAAAAAAAAAAGUUCCUAAGAUGGUUUGGAGCUUCACCACCUUUAGUAUCACGAUUAUGAUUCCUUCUUUGAAGUUGUUUGUUCUUCUUAAAAUGCUGUAAAAUCGUGUUGCCACUUUAUUGGAAAAAAAAAAGGAAGAAAAAAAGAAAAACACAGUUACUGUGUCUAUAUGUAAUGAUUCUCUUGGGUCUUUUUGGUUUUUCUUUUAUUUUAUGGUGUCUUUUUCCUUGAUUUUUAAAUA